GCAGUGGUAGUAAACUUUUGUUUCAUCAUUUCUGAAAACCAAGACUAGGAACAGAAAAGUGAAAAGUUUAGUAUCACGGCUGCAUCUUAUGUCGGGAAUUUUUCUGGAAAGGAGAAGACAGCAUGGGAUCUACUCCCUCCACACCUAAACCCCAAAUCAGGCCAUCCUCCACGGCAGCCCCAGUGACCAGCUCUACACCCUAUUCCUUCAACCCCAAAAAGGAACACGUAAUCUUGGCCUUUUUUGCUGGGGUUCUACUGACACUGCUCCUUGUGGUCCUUAUCCUCCUCAUCGUCAAGAGCUGCAGAAAAUGUUACUCCAGUGCUCAGACCCAGGACCCUCACUCAGAGCCUCCCACCAAGCUGUCAUCUAUAUCAAAGGAGUCACUCACGUAUGCCAGCAUGACUUUCAAACCCUCAGAAGAAAGCAGCAAUGAUUUGACUAGAAACCACUUCUCAGGCUUGGACCCCACCGUCUAUUCUCAGAUUAAAGUGGCAGACCCAGAUCUGCCUCUCCAAUGAGGCAGAAUGCAGGACCUCAGCUCAGCUCCUUGGACAUGUUGCUUUCUGGUUUUGUUUAGUAUGUUUGCUUUUGUUAGUUUCCACAAACUUGGGACCACAGUCUACGCAAGCUGCAGUUGGGGUAGUUUAGACUUGAUCUAGUGCAGUUGCCAUCAGUCAUAAGGACCAGUGGUUAGUGACAUUCCCCACCAGAGAAAAGGUGGCUGGUGCUUUCACUCCGACUGGUGGUGUCAGUCCCUUGAGGGACGACACCCCUAAACCUUUCCAAAGGGGGAUAGAGCUCAAGAUUAAAAAAAUGCACUGACAAUAACCAUGGAAGAUUUUCAAAUAAUGGCAGACCUUCCUCCAAGGUUGGCCCCUUCUUAGUUAUCAUUCUGUCCCUUCAUCUUCUCCAGAAAUCAAGACCAGAAUUCUAAGCCAACACAAAGUCCAGAUUGUAUAAAACACUACUAACAUGUGGGUUUCUAUCCUCUUUGUAUGGCAUUAGAAAUAUGUGUGACAACCUUGGUUGAGAGCCCAAAGAAGAAAUUAAACAUGUUCAUUUUUCCCC